AUGCUACUUGUUAUUAAGACGUGUCUUUUUUGUUGCCUUUGUGUCGCAGGACAGUGGAUUGGUCCUGAUCGUGGAGCUGGAAAUCUUGCUGACGAUGAUCACAGAAUCGAUAGGACUUCCGAAGUAGCACAAAAGGUCUGGGCUGAGGUUUUCUUCUACCUCGCCGGGAACAAUGUCAUGUUCGAGGGCAUCCUCCUCAAGCCCAGCAUGGUCACCCCUGGUGCUGAAUGCAAAGACAAGGCCACACCUCAACAAGUUGCUGAUUACACCCCCCAGCUUCUCCACAGGAUAAUCCCACAAACUGUUCUUGGAAUCAUGACUGUUGAGAAUGAUUUGGGUUCUUCCUCUUGGGUGAUUGAGGGUGACUUCAACAUCACUGCUAGCCCAGAGGAAAGUUCUGACUUUGAAGUUAUAGGAGUGCACUAUACUCCUGAUAUGAGGGAAUUUCAGGAAUGCCUGGAUGACCUUGAGUUGAUGGAUCAUCCUUUUCUAGGUCCUCUGUUUACUUGGUUAAACAGACAAGAGGAUUCUUUUUUGGCCAGGCUACUGCUGGGCCAUUGUGAAGGGAACCCCAUGCAAUGUUUGUUCCAAAAAUUGAAAAGACUUAAGUCUUGUCUUAAGGAUUUUAAUAAGGAAUUCUUCUCUGAUAUUUCUGGCAGAGUUAAGUCCAAGAAAUCUGAUCUAGAGCAUAUUCAACUUUUUAAUUUGUCCCAUGUUGGCCAGAGGAGGAUGGAUGAUGAAAGAAUUAUUCAAGCUGAGUUGGUAGACCUGGAAAUUGUUGAGUCAGAAUUCUACAGGCAGAGAGCUAAAAUGCAUUGGUUAAAGGAGGGUGAUUUAAACACCAGGUUUUUUCAUCAGAUGGUUGAGUCUAAUAAAAAGGAUAAUACAAUCAGAGUUAUAAUGAGUGAAGAGGGUCAAUAUUUUGAGUCUUUUGAUGAGAUGGCUGUAGAGUUAGUUAGUUUUUUCACUGAUCUUAUUGGAUCUGCUGAUCCUAUGGUUAGUGGUUGUUCCAUUGAGAUCCUUAAAGACAUGUUGACUUACACUUUGCCUAAUGAUGCUGCUGACUCUCUCACUAAGGAGGUGGAUGAUCUGGAGAUUAAAAAGGCCUUGUUCAAGCAAGGUAAGGACAAAAGUCCAGGCCCAGAUGGAUACACUUUUGGUUUUUUCAAAGCUGCCUGGGACAUUGUUGGGGCAUACUUUAUUUCUGUUGUGAGGUACUUCUUUCAAUCUUUUGUUAUGUUGCCAGCUUUCAAUUCUACUUCCUUAGUCUUAGUCCCUAAAUCCCCUAAUGCUUACUUGGCUAGAGAUUUUAGGACAAUUUCUUGUUGUUCAGUGGUGUACAAGAUUAUUACUAGAAUUCUUGUGGAUAAAUUAAUGUAUUUCUUCCCUGCCAUGAUUUCUAAAAGUCAGUCUUCCUUUGUAAGGGAUAGGAACAUAGUUGAUAACACCUUGUUAGCUCAGGAAAUUGUUAAGGGUUAUUCAAGGAAAAGUCUUUCCCCUAAGUGUGCCAUAAAAAUAGACUUACAAAAAGCUUUUGACUCUGGUGAUAGGGGAAUUAGGCAAGGAGACCCCUUAUCUCCUUACCUCUUUGUCAUUGCUAUGAAUGUGUUGUCUUCCAUAUUGGAUGUUGCUGCUAAACAGAGAAUCUUUAAGUUCCACCCCAAAUGUAAAAGAGUUGCUCUCACUAAUCUUUGCUUUGCGGAUAAUUUGAUUGUCUUUUGCCAUGGAUCCCUUGAUUUUGUUUUGGGAGUGUUGUGCACCUUGGAGAAGUUUUAUGAGUUAUCUGGCCUCAAAUUGAAUGCUCAAAAAAUCGAAUUCUUUGCUUGGGGUUUGAGUUCCUAUGUUCUUGAUCAGAUUUGUACUGUUACUGGUUUUAGACCGGGGUAUCUUCCUGUUAGGUACCUUGGUGUACCUCUUGUGACUAGGAAGCUCACAGGUAAGGAAUGUGCAGCUCUACAACUCAUUCUUCCAAAAGGGAUUAUUAGGGACGUUGAAAGGCUUUGUAUGCGCUUCUUUUGGAAGGGCAGUGACACUCCAGCUAGGGUAACAAGAUUUGGCCGGUACCAAGUCUGUACCUUAAAAUCGGAGGGUGGUCUGGGUCUUAGAAACCUUGUGGUUUGGAGUAGUGCAUGUUGUAUGCUGCUAGUCAGAAACAUUCUAGCAGUUGAGGGCUCCCUCUGGAUUGCAUGGAUUGAGUGCAAAUCCCACUUUAGCUGGAUUUUAACCAAACUGCUGAAGUUGAGGGAAGAGGCUAGGGGACUGUUCUACCCCUAUGCUAACUGGAAUUUAAUUAACGGGAAGUUGCCUACAAAGGAUAGGCUUGCUCGGUUUGGCUUGGUUGUUGACAAUGCUUGUGGCUUGUGUGGAGCUGGGGUGGAAUCCCGUGACCACCUUUUUACUGAUUGUUCUUUUGCUAUGGGUGUUUGGGGAGCUAUGUUGAACGCUUAUAGUCUUUCAUUUGUGGCACGCACCUGGGACGAGCAACUUCACUGA